AUGCUCCUGAGGACGUUGAACCAACUCUCGACGAAUCCUUAUCCUACUUGGGAACUGAUUACCUCGACCUAUAUAUUAUCCAUUGGUUGGUACUCGCUAUCCACUCUAUGGAGUCCCAAUAUCAAUGCGUUUCCCAGGCCAGUUGCUUUUUACAAAGACGGCACCAAAUAUGAUCGCGACUUGACCGCAGACCCUUAUCCAACAUGGCAGAAGCUGGAAGAAAUGGUGGCCAAGGGUAAAGUGAAGAAUAUCGGCGUCAGCAACUUCAAUCUUCGCAGGAUGCAAAACCUUACUGCGAACCAACUCAAAGUCAAGCCAGUCGUCAACCAGGUCGAACUGAACUAUUGGAACCCUCAGCCUGAGCUGCUCAAGUGGUCCCAAGAUAAUGGAAUCGUUCUCCAGGCUUAUUCUCCUCUCGGAAGUUCCAAACAAGUCAAGGAGACUCUGUCUGUCCCAGUGAUAAAAAACAUUGCAUCCGAGAUGGGCAUCACCCCCGCGCAAGUGAUUAUCUCCUGGCACAUCCAAAGAGGAACCAUCGUGUUACCCAAGAGCGUCCAUCCAUCGCGGGUCGAAGAAAAUUUCAAAGUCGCCGCGCUGCCUAAAGAAGUGUUUGACCGUCUGGAGAAUGCUGCAAUGUCGCAUCCUCCUCAGCGCGUAUUUAAUCCGAGUAAGAACUGGGGUUUAGAUUUCGAUGUCUUUGACGAUACGCCUUUGUAA